AUCUUAGGCAACAUGAUGGAUUCAGAAGCUCAUGAAAAGAGGCCACCAAUCCUGACAUCUUCAAAACAAGAUAUAGCAUCACCUCACAUUACCAAUGUUGGUCAAAUGAAGCAUUACCUUUGUGGCUGCUGUGCAGCUUUCAACAACAUCGUGAUCACAUUUCCCAUGCAGAAGGUCCUCUUUCGACAACAGCUCUACGGCAUCAAAACCAGGGACGCAAUCCUUCAGUUGAGGAGGGAUGGAUUCCGAAACUUGUAUCGAGGAAUUCUUCCCCCGUUAAUGCAGAAGACAAUGCUUGCAGGGACAACAGAAGCCAUUUUCACUCCACUAGAAAGAGUUCAGACUUUGCUACAAGACCACAAGCAUCAUGACAAAUUUACAAACACUUAUCAGGCUUUCAAGGCACUAAAAUGCCAUGGGAUUAAAGAGUAUUAUCGAGGCCUGGUGCCCAUUCUUCUCCGCAACGGAUCGAGCAAUGCCCUGUUUUUUGGCCUUCGAGGCCCCCUUAAGGAGUCCCUGCCUGCUGCAAAGUCUCACAGUGCUCACUUGGUCAAUGAUUUCAUCUGUGGAGGCCUACUAGGUGCCAUGUUGGGAUUCUUGUUUUUUCCAAUUAAUGUUGUAAAGACCCGCAUGCAGUCUCAGAUUGGUGGGGAAUUUCAGUCUUUCCCCAGGGUUUUCAAAAAAAUCUGGCUAGAACGGGACAGGAAGUUGGCAAAUCUUUUCAGAGGUGCCCAUCUGAAUUACCACCGGUCCCUCAUCUCUUGGGGCAUAAUCAAUGCAACAUACGAGUUCUUGUUAAAGGUUAUAUGA